AUGGAUUAUAUUUACAUUAAACAACAUCUAGAUAAUGAUCCAAAAAUAUAACGAUUCAUAAGAAAUCGUAUUCUUUAUCAAACAUCUGAUACUUAUCAUUAUGCAAACUAUAAAAGGAGAAUGAAUCAAUCUUUUGAUUAAUCAAUACAUUAGACUACAAAAUAUAGUGAUCUCUCUUAUCUCGUUGUUGACAAAUUACGCCAAUCACCAACACGUAAAUAUACUUUUUCAAGACCUACAUCAGCAACAUAAAGAUCACCUUAUAUAUUUUCGAGUAAUUUUCAGAAAUUAUCAAAAGCAUUACAAACCUAAGAAUCAUAAGCUGUUAGAAAUUUUAAAAGAAAAAUUAAGAGUAGCAAAAGAUGUGCACUAAAACAACAAAAAUAUCCAAUCGAAUACACAUGUAGACAAUACAAAGUUAUAUUAUGA